AUGGUUGUCGAACUUGGUGGAACCAUGAAGACAGCUUUGUGGUGGAACUUAUUCAGACUAUGGAGUGUUGGUCGUCUCGCAGCGCGCAUUCGAAAUUUACGUGGGACCGUCAUUGAAUACAAGUACGUCGAGACGAGCGACCGUCACGCUUGGAUAUUGUGGGUCUUAUAUAAAAUAAAGAUGGAAAAUUCUACAUUUUUAUCACAGCAUCUUGGUACACCCAGUUUGAUGGUGCUAGCGUCAACUGCCGAAGCUGCCAGAGACUCUGGCCAUCCACCUUUUCCUGGUCAUCUCCAAGGUUUGGAUAAGGAUCAUUUUCCAGGAAUCCAUGCGCUUUUCCAGAGGCAAAAUAAUCCAGAUUUAUUUUCGCAUAGGGAUUUCCCCCACCAUCUCCUGCCCAUGCAUCCACAAUUUCGACACACCUUGGAAGCUGCUCGUUUUUUCAGUACUACUGGCAGUGGGGCUUUCCGUCGUUUUAACAGCGAGGAUAGAGAAAACUCGUAUCAUUCGGCAUUCGUUCCAACCAAGCGACUGAAACCCUCCUCAACCGAACAUGAGCUGACUUCUCACUCAACUGGAAAAGAUUUUCCUUUUUCAAGUUCAUUCGACAAAGAUCAUGACAGUCACAGACAUUCACCAUCAGAAGUGAAAAAGAGUGAGGGUCAGAUUUCCGUGAGCACAUACGAAGGGGACUCAACCGACCAAUCCAGUCCAGACGAUUGCCAGAGUGCGACAGGUAUUUCCAAGUCUAGCAAAGCGGAUGGUAGUGGCAGGCUUAUAUCUUGUCCCAUAUGUAGCGUGUCUUUACAAUUAUCGGAAAUUACUCACCACUACGCUGCCGAACUGGAAAAGGUUGCAAGGGCUGGCAUAAGAAGUAACAGGAAAAGCCUACAAGAAAAACAGGUCUCCAGUCUACCUGCUUCACAAACUGAAUCCCCAGCUGAGAAAAACACAGAUGGAGGCAGUGACCUGCCCUCUCUGGCCAGAUAUGAGAAUUUCAAGCGGGUGAGGUCAAACAGACAACAGCGUCUUCAUGCUGCACGAUCCCGAAAGAAGAAGCGAGUAUCUGAAGAGUUUGCCCUGGGAGGUCUUGUUGCCGAGGGAACAGUUGGCGAAGCCAGUACUAGCGGUAUUGGCAUUUCUAACAGUACAUGCCCUAUAUGCAGUCAAAAAGUCAGUGGAAGCAUAGAAGAAAUCAACAGCCAUGCCGAAGCAUGUAUUCCUGCACGAUCCCGAAAGAAGAAGCGAGUAUCUGAAGAGUUUGCCCUGGGAGGUCUUGUUGCCGAGGGAACAGUUGGCGAAGCCAGUACUAGCGGUAUUGGCAUUUCUAACAGUACAUGCCCUAUAUGCAGUCAAAAAGUCAGUGGAAGCAUAGAAGAAAUCAACAGCCAUGCCGAAGCAUGUAUUCGUAAGCAACGACAUUCACCUUUCCAUGAUGAUGACAGUUACGCUCUGGAUACUUACGAAGAGUACGAAUGGGCCGGUCAGAAGAGGAUACGUGUAACCACAAUGCUGGAAGGCGGCUUUGCAGCUUCUGGUUUCCAUGUGAACCGAAGAAAAGAAGAUGGUGACAGUGAUGCAGAUCUGAACGUUGACGGUGAUGACAAUGAAGCCUACGGUACCGUGCAGUACACAGAGAGGGACGUUAUACCAUGUACGUCAGAUGAACCAUCAGAAGAGAAAGCGAGACAAGCGCUUAGAGGAGCAAUUCUUAAAGCUUCGGCACCUUCCGAUGGUUCACCAGCAUCAAGUUGUGACCGAAGUAGAUGGGAGAAUUUUGAUCUCUCUAAAGAUAAAAAGCGAUCAAAUGAGCAGAGUGGUGAGAAAGAAAACUCUGAAGAACUCGGUCAUGAUAUGUCUCCUGAUGACAUGAUAGCUGUACUUAAAGGUAGAAUAAAAGAAUUGGAAAAACAGUCAACAAAAAGCAGCGAUAAACACAAGUGUUUGAUCUGUAUGGAAUCGUACCAUACGCCAGUAGUGUCAGUACAGUGUUGGCACGUGCAUUGUGAAGAAUGCUGGUUACGAACACUGGGUGCAAAAAAGCUGUGCCCACAAUGCAAUAUGAUAACAUCACCAAGUGAUUUAAGGAAAAUAUACCUAUAAGAUAAUUCCAAGACGACAUCGAAUUUGAAAAUCUGCAACUUUGCUUGGAAUCUCCAUGGUAACACGUGUCGCGUGAUGAAUGGGAAAAAAGAUCCGUUGUAAGGAAGAUUUUGACACGAGUAAGAAUGGCUGUUCUGCUCUCAUUCUAUACUCCCUGAUUGAAACAAGAUGUUGUACAGAUAAGUGUAGUUGACAAUACAACUAAUCAAGGGAGUUGUGUUUUAACUUGUGAAAGCCACCCACUUACUUGUAUGAAUACAGUAUGAACAGGCUUGCUCUGUGUAUCAUUUUAAAAUACCCAGAAAUAUACAAACUCUAUUG